AUGCCUCAACAAUACGCCAAAGACCAGCCCGAGGGGUUCAAGAACCGCGUCGAGAAGAUCGCGAUCGUGGGUGUAAGAGGCAACCUCGGCGAAUACAUGGCCAAAUCGCUCCUCCAAACAGGCAUCCACCGCGUCACGGCCCUGACACGCGCGGACUCGCCUUCCCUCAACUCCAUGCCCGCAGGGCUCACGAUCAAGAAAGUCAACUACGACGACCCGAACUCCCUGAUCGACGCGCUCACAGGCCAAGACGUGCUCAUCAUCACCCUGGCCGUGACGGCGCCACCAGACACGCAGGACAAACUAAUCGACGCGGCCGCCGCGGCGGGGGUGCCCUGGAUCCUCCCCAACGAAUACGGCAGCGACCCCUCGAACGAGUCGCUUCAGCAGGACACCCUGCUCGGGGAGGGCCGCGUGCGGGCGCGCCAGCGCAUCGAGCGCCUGGGCGUCAGCAGCUGGAUCGGCUUCUGUUGCAGUUUCUGGUACGAGUACUCGCUCGCGGGGGCGCCGGGGACGUUUGGCUUCGACUUUGCGGGCAAGACGGUGACCCUGUACGACGAGGGGACCACGCGCAUCAACACGACGACGUGGGAGCAGUGCGGACGCGCGACCGCCGCGCUGUUGAGUCUGAAAGUGUUGCCCGAGGACAGUGGCGAUGACAACAAAGGGCCCACGCUGUCCAUGUUCCGCAACGACCACAUGUAUGUGUCGUCGUUUCUGGUCUCUCAGCGGGACAUGUUCGAGUCGGUGCUGCGCGUCUCGGGCGACGCCGAGGACGCGUGGACUGUCCGGCACGAGGACGUGAAGGAGCGGUAUCGCGCCGGGAUGGAGGAGAUGCGGGCUGGGGACAGGACGGGGUUCAUGAAGUUGCUGUAUGCGCGCGUCUUCUACCCGGGGGACGGCGACUACGAGUCGAAGAGGGGGCUGCAUAACGACAUCCUAGGCCUGCCGAAGGAGGACUUUGACGAGGCCACCAAGCGCGCGCUUGAUAUGGUGGCUAGAGGUGGGUCAUUGGCUGCGCGUCGAGGUUGA